AACAUCUUUGACUCUCUCUCUCCCUCUCGUCUUUUUAAGACAUCAAUCGGAUCUUCACUUGCCCUUGUUAGAUUCUUCUCAGUUUCAAGCUCAUGUUCCUGCAUUUUCUUCGCGGGCUCUCUCUUUUCUCGUCUGAUCCUAAAAAUUUAGCUCCUUUCGUGAAAUGGGUUCUGGGUUCUGGUCGAUGGGAUUUGUCCUGUUGAGUUCAAAAUUUGGGAAGCAAAAUAUUUUGGCCCUUUGGUUUUGGUUUCGUUUCGUGAAUUCAUUCGGACUCUGUGUGGUGGUGGUGGUGGUGGUGGUGGUGGUGAUGAUGACGACGAAGAAGACGACAACGAGCAGGAGCCAAAGGGCAAACAAGGGAAUCAAGUGGAAGCACAUCCUGCAGAUAUGCGUUCUCGUCGGGGUUUGUGUCUGGUUGAUCUAUCAACUUAAGUAUUCGCACGAGAAGAAGAAGGAAUUCUAUGAGAAGGAUACGAAAACAAUGACGGUAUCGCGGGACGGAGAUGGAGUGGCGAAGCUCGGGAGAAAAGACCUUCCCCAUUCCCGGGUUGUGAGCAAGAACGAGAGGGUUGUGGAGGACGAGGAUGAAGACAGUGCGGAUGAAGAAGAAACCGGUCGUGGAGAAGAGGAGAAAGAGAACGAGCAUCGUGAUGAGGAGGAGAGGGAAGAAGAAGAGGAGGAGGAAGGCAAGAAUAAGCGAGUGGAGGAAGAGAACAAACUCGUGGAAGAGCAAGACAUGGAGGAUGAUGACGGCAGUUCAGAAGACGACAUUGAUGAGCAAGAUCAAGGUAAAACUGGCAAAACUGAUCGGGAGAAUGAAGAAGAGAAAGAAAGGGAAGGGAACAACGGUGAGAAGGGGAGUGAAUCAAAUGGAAGAAACGAGGAAGAAGAGUGGAAGAUCGAGGAUGGCAAUGAUUCAGAUGAAAUUGAUAUGACGGUUCACGAGGCACGGGAAGAGCAUUACAAGGCUGAUGAUGCUUCGAGCGCAGUCUCCCACAAUGAGAAAGGAAAUUCCGAUACAAAUGUUUCCAGAGUUGCCAUCGAGCAAAUCGGGUUGGGGGAAUCCGGGGACGAAACUUCCGCAAACAAAACAAACACAGAAGAGAAAGACGGUGGCGAUGAAUCAUUGAGUUCUUACUCGAGAAUAGAAACACAAUCCGAUGAUCAUCCUGAAUCGAAGAGCCGGGAAACAGAUAAUAGCAACUCAUCAGAAAUAAGUCUCGAAGCUUCGGGAUUGGCAGAGAGCAAAGCGGAAUCUGCCAUAACACCGGAAGGAGCCUCUGACCUGCCAGUUGAUUCAGAGAGAUCCGAGUCUAAAGAAUCAUCAACGGAAGCUCCACCCUCGAACAGAACCUCGGAGUCUGUCGUAACGGAGAAUGUCUCAGAGAAUUCGGAUUUGGAAAGUUCCGACCUCUCUUCAACGGACGAGACAGCUGACUCUUCAGACAACAUGGCUGAUGGUUCGGACAAUACGAUUUCCGAGGAAGAGAAGGAGGCUCUCACGGACCUGCAGACUUUGCCGGAUAUUAGAACAGAAGGGAUGGAAGACGAAGAAGUUGUUGCUUCAGAGUAAGAGGAAGAAACACAGUGAAUUCUCAUUGUCUCUGUCUUGCUCUUUGUUUUUUUUCUCUCUCUCCUCUGCGAUUGGAAGAAUGAUAAUCUGUGAAUGUUUUUUCAGCUUUUUCUUUGUCACAUUAGCUAAAAUGUCAUUUCUGUAACUUUGGUCUGCAAACUGUAAAUCUCUUCUUCUUCUUCUU